CAACACAUGGGCUACAUGCUAGUGUUCAAAAGACCCGCAUGUGGCACACGUUGCAUAUACUUUUAUAAUUCUCUCCUCGCUCCACCACUGGAUUUUCAAGUGGUUUCACUUCAGCCAAAUCAAUCGUGAAGGACAGAGAGAUAUAGGAAGAAGCCUUAUAGAAAUGGCUAUGCCUUUGGAAGUGGCGGUGCAGCUGACGAAAACGGUGUGGUUUGCUCUAAGCGGCUGGAUUUUCACAUGUUUGUAUAUCGCUGAUGAAAUCACCAGUUCUCUCAGAAACAGAGAUAUAGGCCAUGUCCAUGUCGGAUGAUCGGUUUAAAGAUUCUUCAUUAUUUUCCAUGCGCUCUCUCGUGACUUUAGAGAAUUGUUUGUUUUUCAUGUGUUUUUAUUGCCAUGAUGAGAAUCGUCUCAAAGUUACCUUAAAGUCGAAGUGUUUGUGUUUAUUUAUAGAGGAGAUAUGUGUAAGGUCUGUGUUAUAAUUUAUAAAUAUCAGAUUUCAGAUAUGUGUUUGUGUGCUUGAUGUAAAUGAAAUCUGAUAUUUAUAAAUUAUAAUACUUCUGAAUUUUUGUGUGUUUAUGAUUGUUUGUGAGAAUAAUCUCGAGCUUUUCUUAUAUAUAAUAACGAGACUUCUUGAUGUUUA